AAUCACUGAACGCUUUCCGACAGGGACUAAACAUGUCACGUACGUAAUGGUUUGAAUUAGCUGUUCAUUUCACAAAUUCUGGAUCAACUGCUAUAUGAUUCUCGUCGUGUUCUCGGCCAACAACCCAGAAAGAUGCCACAGAGAACACUGGGAUCCAUUGUAGGUCUGCUUUGCACCGGGACCUGUUUGGUACAGGUAAGCUGCAGUUUGCGUUCAUAGCGCGGUAGGCGCUUUUAACCAAGCCCGUGGAUCGCAGCUGGAUCCUAGGCCUUCUAUUGUGCGUCUUUGUUUCACCACAAAGGGAACUUGGGAAUGGCUCGCCAGCAACUCCAACUUUGAGUGACGUCAGUUUUGGCAAAUCGUGUGUUUGUUGAUAUAUUUAUAGCUACAAUGUUUAUAGCUUGAAAUACUUAUACGCUAUUAUCCGAAAUCUUACCAAGACUUCCAAGACUGAGUUGAUAAACCAGCCGCUAGCUACCUAACGUUUAGUUACUUUGUCUUCAAUAGCUCUCGGAAGGAAGUUCCUAGGAUGAUCAUAGAGCUAGAAUCAGAUGAUGGUAAAGAGGAAGGUACACACUUUGUUUUUACUGAGAGUCGGAGUUUUCCCUUAACAGAGGCAAAAAGGAGACCAUAUGCUGUUUUCUUGCGCUCUGGUGGUGUAGGGGACCGUCGUAAAAGUGCAAUACCGGUGAUUGCGUGAAAGUAAAAAAUAAAUACAUUGUUGCAUUCCCAUUCAGGAGAGUUAGACCUAUAUAAAGAUUACACACACUGCAUAGAGGCCCACAUAUUUUUUUUUUUUGGGGGGGGUUACCUCUAGUUACUACGAGUGUUAUAUUUAACCCAUUUACAAAGAAGCUUUCUAUCCAGGUAAAAUUGAGACGUAAAACCACAAUGUGAAGUCACUAACCCCCCCUCAUCCAUAAUGACAUUUUUAGAGUAAUGUAUUUUUUUUUAAGUCACCAGAAGUGACCUUGUCACAGUUGUUCUAUAAAAACCCACCGCUGCUGAAAAAAAUCCUAAGGGAAUCAAUGAAGUUCAUAGGCCUAUUCAUGCUUUAUGACCUUGUCAUUUUUAGAUAAAACACACAAAGUACUGUCAAAUUUCAAAAUGUAAUUGUGGGGGAAAAGUUGGUUUAAGAUCUCUAGAUCAUCUAGGAUGCACUAUGCAGAAAUCUAAUAGUUUGCCAAAUUUCAGUUUAACAAAACAAGCAAGUAUAGUGUAGAACAUUUUGCAACGCCAGGGUUGUGGGUUCGAUUCCCACGGGGGGCCAGUAUGAAAAAUAAAAAAAUAAUGUAUGCACUCACUAACUGUAAGUCGCUCUGGAUAAGAGUGUCUGCUAAAUGACUAAUGUAAAAAAUAAUUGUACCAUCUAAUCCGCUGUGAAAUAUAUUUUCCAUAACCAACAAUAUUGUAUUUACAGCGGUUUGAAGUUGGUGUACAAAAGUGAAAGACUCAAACGAAACAAAAUGGGAAGCAUAGAAAUAGCACACAUAGAACAGAUAUACUGCUUCAUAGACUUGUUUCGAUGAGAAUGACAGAUCUAUAACUCACAUUUCUAUUAGAUUUUUCAGUUGUCCAAAAAGUUACAUAUUGCAGCUUUAAUUGAUUAAAUCCUGUAAACACUAAGACAGUCCCUUAGCCGCGAAUUCACAAUCCCCCAUUCAAACCAACAUAAAGUCACUUUUUGAAAACGGGACAGAUUUGAAAAAAGGUUUUACCCUUGCUCUUGACCGUCAUCUGAAUCUACUUAUAUCACUCAUCUUCCUAGGACCUUCAGUGGGCGAGGUAUUGACGAGCACACUUCGAAUAUCCAAACUGAAAACACAUUUACUGCGGUGGUCCGCUAAGCUAGCUAAUGUUUGCAAGCAUAAUAUAUUUUGUAGACAUACACCGAUCUAUUUUAUCUGUUGUCUGCAGCUAAUGGCCAAUUACUAUUUUGAAGUAUACAACAAGUCACUUCGAUAGCUGGCUGUUAGUUACCACCAGUAAACAUAGCAUGCUAAAUUACCGGUUAGCUGGCAGGCUAGUUGGUGUUCUAGCUAAGUAACUGCGUUUUUCCUGUUAUGUAUUUGUUGGUAGUGAUGCAUAUAGCUUGCUGUAAUUGUUAGCUAGCUACUGGCCACAAACCUGUUGUUUUAGCCUACCACAGUACCUGGUUAAAAUCCUACUCUGCUAAACUUAUUUAAAACUGCAUUUGGCAGCUUCUAUGACAUGUUUGUAUAAUCGGGAGAUGUCACUUACCUGUCAAUGCAACACCUACAGUGCAUUCGUAAAGUAUUCAGACCCCUUCACUUUUUCCACAUUUUCUUACGUUACAGCCUUAUUCUAAAAUUGAUAAAAUUGUUUUUCCCCCCUCAAUCUACACACAAUACCCCAUAAUGACAAAGCAAAAACAGGUUUAGAAAUGUUUGCUAAUUUAUCAAAAUAUCACAUUUACAUAAGUAUUCAGAACCUUUACUCAGUACUUUGUUGAAGCACAUUUGGCAGCGAUUACAGCCUCGAGUCUUCUUGGCCGAGCUAUCUUCAGCUCUCUCCAGAAAUGUUAGAUCGGGUUCAAGUCCGGGCUCUGGCUGGGCCACUCAAGGACAUUCAGAGACUUGUCCCGAAACCACUCCUGCGUUGUCUUGGCUGUGUGCUUAGGAUCGUUGUCCUGUUGGAAGGUGAACCUUCGUCCCAGUCUGAGGUCCUGAGCGCUCUGGAGCAGGUUUUCAUCAAGGAUCUCUCAGUACUUUGCUCCGUUCAUCUUUCCCUCAAUCCUGACUAGUCUCCCAGUCCCUGCCGCUGAAAAACAUCCCCACAGCAUGACGCUGCCACCACCAUGUCUCACCGUAGGGAUGGUGCCAGGUUUCCUCCGGAUGUGACGCUUGGCAUUCAGGCCAAAUAGUUCAAUCUUGGUUUCAUCAGACCAGAGAAUAUUUUGUUUCUCAUGGUCUGAGAGUCUUUAGGUGCCUUUUGGCAAACUCCAAGCGGGCUGUCAUGUGCCUUUUACUGAGGAGUGGCUUCCGUCUGGCCACUCUACCAUAAAGGCCUGAUUGGUGGAGUGCUGCAGAGAUUGUUCUUGUGGAAGGUUCUCCCAUCUCCACAGAUGAGCUCUGUCAGAGUGAUCAUCGGGUUCUUGGUCACCUCCCUGACCAAGGCCCUUCUCCCCCGAUUGCUCAGUUUGGCCAGGCGGCCAGCUCUAGGAAGAGUCUUAGUGGUUCCAUACUUCUUCCAUUUAAGAAUGAUGGAGGGACAGUGUUCUUGGGGACCUUCAAUGCUGCAGACAUUUUUUUUGGUACCCUUCCCCAGAUCUGUGCCUCGACACAAUCCUGUCUCGGCGCGCUGUGGACAAUUCCUUCAACCUCAUGGCUUGGUUUUUGCUCUGACAUGCACUGUCAACUGUGGGACCUUGUAUAGACGUGUGUGCCUUUCCAAAUCAUGUUCAAUCAAUUGAAUUUACCACAGGUGGACUCCAAUGAAGUUGUAGAAACAUCUCAAGGAUGAUCAAUGGAAACAGGAUGCACCUGAGCUCAAUUUUGAGUCUCAUAGCAAAGGGUCUGAAUACUUAAGUAAAUAAGGUAUUUCUGUGUUUUAUUUUUUAUAAAUUUACAAACAGUUCUAAACCUGUUUUCACUUUGUCAUUAUGGGGUAUUGUGUGUAGAUUGAUGAGGAUUUUUAUUUAUUUAAUCCAUUUUAGAAUAAGGCUGUAAUGUAACAAAAUGCGGAAAAAGGGAAUGGGUCUGUGUACUUUCUGAAUGCACUGUAUUUUGUAAUUUGAUUUUCAAAGUAUUGAAUGCUAUUUGAAUGUUCAUCCACAAUGAAAGUGGGUCUGUGCCUUUGCAGGCUUGCUUGUGUUAGUGUUUUGUGCAGUAAAUGCCAAUGUAACUUUGUCAAACAGCUGUGCAUGUAUGCAUAAUCCAGAGAUUUUAUCCCAGUUGUGUGUGUGAUGUCACUGAAUAGCAUGCCUGUUUGUGUUUAGGGUAAGGAGUUCUGUUUUGGAGUGAACAAUGAGCAAUACCGGUGUGAGAUGGGGUACUGCUGCGGGGAGACAGAGUGCUGCACCUACUACUACGAGCUGUGGUGUAUGUUCUGAGUGUCCUCUAUUCUCUCCUUGCCUUUCUGACACCACUCUGUCCUUCUUCCCAACAUCUAUUUACAUGACUUAUUCUUCAUUAUGGGAAUCUCAGAAUUUGUCACUUUCAUUGAGUCACUCCAAUUUGACAGUUAAUCACGUUGAAACAAAUAGCGAUGAAACAAAUUAGCAUUGGCCAAAAUGAGUUGACUGAGAAUGUAACUGUGAUUUUGUGCAGGGUUCUGGCUGGUGUGGACCCUCAUUAUAAUGCUGAGUUGCUGCUGUGCCUACCGACACCGUCGGGUCAAGAUGCGGCUGCAGCAGGAGCAGCGCCAGCGUGAAAUCAGCCUUAUGGCCUACCAGGGAGCUUCUAGCUCCUUCAUCUCCCCUCCACCCCUCAACCUGAGUGAGUCUCUCAGCCCCCACUGGACACUUAUUGCACAACUCUUACAUCUGCACUCGCUACAUCCCUGAAAUGACUUCACCACUUGUCCCUCUGAGUUAACUGUUUAGAGUAAUUAGGCCUGGUGGCUUGGAGAUGGUUCUUUGCAGAUUCAGAACCACACCUGACCAUGAGUUAUUUAGUUAAACACGAGCUAACCCUAUCUAGACUGUUAACCCUUUACCUUGGCUUUACCUUGGCUCAGCUGGUAGAGCACGGCGCUUGUAACGCCAAGGUAGUGGGUUCGAUCCCCGGGACCACCCAUACACAAAAAAAAAUGUAUGCACGCAUGACUGUAAGUCGCUUUGGAUAAAAGCGUCUGCUAAAUGGCAUAUUAAUUAAUAUUAUUAUUAAUUAAUAAUUAAUUAAUUAAUAGUGGGAAUUGGCCUAAAUGGUUGGGGCUAAAUUUAAAUGUUUCUUACAGAAGAAAUAUGAACAGCAUAUGCAUGGUAGCAAUUGAAAUAAAUGAAUGAAUAAAGUUUUUGGUGGUAAUCGGCUUUGAAAUCAGCAUAUUUAGGGUUAUGGUUUGCAUAUUAUGACCAAACAAAGUACUAGGGUAGUGAAUUUAUUUUGGCUGUCAGCUAGCAAGGAAAGUUAGCCUACAAAGCUGGAAGCUACCGUUAUCUUCUUCCAUUUGUAAAGGGUUGUAGCCUGUAUGGACAUUGUUUUGCGAACAGUAAUUAACAGUUUCUACAUGAUUCAAGUGUGUUAACUUCUGUGCAGCAUGAGUGGGGAGCUAACAUGAUGCAGCACGUACUCCCAGUGCAGGCUAACAGUGAAGUGGAGCAGGCAGGAUGCGCACUAUAAUAAGGGGUUGGCUGAUAGACAGGCUUGAUCCAGGAGACACAUUUGACAGAAGUACCGAAAAUAAAACAAAUUCUAGUACCGAAACGUUUUUCACGUUCCAGUAUCGAAAAAGUACAGAAGUUUCGGUAUACCGUGCAACACUACAAGCUAAGUUAUAAAAUACGAUCUUAGUGUCAGGCUUUGACUGGGCAAUUCAGAGAAACGGAUCGUAAUUUUGAUACGCAUAGAAAGGAGUCAUGUGCAUUCAGGUGCGUGUUCCGCUUCAAAUUUUCUUCACAAUAGACAAACAGGCUCAUUCUGUUCAGAACAACCCAGGGUAUGACGCCAUGUCAUCUUGUAACUGUACAUCAAACAUAGUGAUCAGAAACGUUGACACGGUAUAUGAGAUGAGUUUUAUGAUAUGGAAAUGUGAAGUGCACAUUUGGACUCACGGCUGUUUGGCUUGCUUGUAUGACAUCAACAGUAUUUAUUAUAAUCCUCAACGUCUCAUCUUUAAAAAUACAUAGUCCUCUUAAUUUACAGCUUUUCCCUCGGACAAUACAUUUAGCAAAAGUUGCCCAAUUUGCGGGAGGGAUGGGGGCGGCAACUUGUGUGCUGUGCUCAAGUUUCAGGAUGGCUGUCAGUCAAAACCCAUACAGGGCAGUGAAGCGCAGAGCCUGAGCUCUGACGUCAUUAUAGCAUGUUACUGUACAGACACUGCAUUCCAAUUCAGGCGCUAUCGGUGCCCAAAUCUGCUAUUUUCAAACCGUAUACAGGUACGAGUGUAAAGGGUUAAGAUGGUUGACUCCUGUGUGUUUGUUUAUUUACGCCCAGGGUUCUGGACAGACUGCAAGCUUCCUGACUAUGAAGAGGUGGUGGGUCAUCCCCCGACUCCCCCUCCGCCUUACUCCGAGAUCCCCCCAGAGACCACCCCUGCCACCCUGCUGCCCCCCAUCCAAUCAGAAGCGGUCGUGGUGCUGGAGCCCCCAACAGAGGACGCGCCAAGAGAGGAGCAGGCCGCCAAUUCGUCAGCAGACCAGGAAGCCGCGUCUGUGCCCAGCCAAUCAGAGAGACCGGUGGAGGUGGACCGUGAAGGCCCAUUGGAGGAGCUGCUGACCCGGCGCAGGCACGUGACGGGCGACUCAGGGAUUGAGGUGUGUGUGUGCCAACUAGAUGAGGGCUCUGGGCCGGAGGAGGACGAGGAGCAGGUGUGUCUGGGGGCUACGGGGGACUGCUGCUCUGCCUCUGAUCACACCCUCAGACACAAAGAGAGAACCCCUGAGCCCCAACCUCAGCCCCAGACCAGCACCGGAGAUCGCCUGGUCUGA